AUGGAACGCCUCGCAAGCCGUCUUUUCCCCGGCUCUGGCUCCAUUGCUGCUACCUGGGUCUCCAAGGCUGGCUUUGCUCCUCUCCGCAGUGCAAGGGUGCUCCCAAACAUGAAGGAUUUUCUUCCCGCUCCGGCUCAUCCUUACAAGCCGGCUGCUCCGGGCACUAUGUUGUCGGCUUGGCAGAAUGCCAAAAACGAGCAGCUUAAGGUCUGGCUGGCACUGGCAGCCACAGCUGCUGCUGCCUCUGCAAUGGUGUCAGAGCUCUUGCAGAGUCCAAAUUCUUCGGUACUUCUGGUGCGCCUGGUUCAGGGGAAUGCUCCGUCGACUCUCACCAACUACUUCGGACGUUGGAAGCAUUGGGUCGAGUUUUGCCAGGUCCAAUCGGCAGAUGAAUGGGCACCCAAGGUUGCCUUCCUCUGCGAUUUCCUGAUCACGCACUGCAAAGGUCUUCUGGGAUCGGCUAUCGCGUGGCUCAAGGCCUUCAGGUUCAUCACUACGCGGCUGGAGGUCCAGUCAUUCAAGUUGGCGCUACAGUCUGAGGCAGUGCGGGCUUUUGGCAAAUCCGUGAAUGUGGUUCAGCGCAGGGAGACAGCACCUUUCCCGCUUUCCUUCGUCAUUUGGUUGGAAAGGCAAGUGCUGGAUGCGGCCCAAUCCGCGGCACAUCGAAUUCGGUGUGGCUUCCUACUGGUUUGCGUGUUUGCCAGCCUUGUCGGAUGCUCAGUGGUCUCCGCCUUCCUUUCUUCACUUGGAUCGGCAGGCGCUUCUUGGAUGUGCUACAAGGACGAAAACUACUUCUCGAUCCAUGCCGUGGGGAGCCUGGGCUCCCGGGAAGCGGUGACCCGUACUUCGGCCGCUCGUCCUGGGUUUCAGCCCGAUUUUCUGGUAGCCGACUUGGGUCCGGAUGCUCGUGCUCCUGUCUUCUUGGCUCCUUUGAGUCGUGCUGCGGGGGUGGUCCUGAUCCGCAGACUUUUGGCGAUGUGCUAUGAGAGCUACCCGGCGGACCAACGGCCGGACUUGUCACUCAUUGGCGUGCACAGUGCCAAAGUCACGUUCUUAUCCUUGGCUAAGCAGCUCUUGUUGGACGAAGCCUUGCGCGAGAGCAAGGACACCACCGCCCGUCCCCUGGCACUGCAGUCUUCUAUCGUCCAGGCAGUGGCGAAUAGAUUCCGACCGCUGAGGCCAGCUCUCCGAGGUGGCGCGCCGCCACUCCCUGACAUCACAGUUGCUGUGCCUGCUUUGGAGCCGGCCGCCUCGGACUCUCGAGCCUCGAGCUCUGAUUCCGAAGAUGAUGCUCCGGCGGCUCCUGAGGUCGAGUCCACAUCAGCGGCCCCGGCCGCAGCUUGGGAACUGGUGUCGUCCGGUGACCUGGCGUCUUCACCGCAGGAUCUUGAUGAGCCUGAAGAUUUCGAAUUUUUAUUUAAUCCAAUAUGA